AUGAUUCCAGCAUGUUUCAGCCAACCGAACACCGUGUCGACCACCACUCAAGUGCACCAGAAUCUCAUCACCUGCAUUUACCAAAUCCAGCUAUGGGAUUCACCGACCUAUCUCACACUCACAUGGUCCAAAACCCUUUUCUCCCAUUCCUUAACGAUCUACGCCACCGACUUCUUCUCCAUCACCAUUUCUCUUCACCCUUCAACCUUCUCCUUCCUCAGAACCCGACCCGGACCCAGCUCCAAGUCCAUCUAUUUAACCCACCAUCACCACCGUCGUCAAAAAAUCAAGCUUUAUUGGGACUUGACAAGGUCCGCCUAUGCCCACAACAACUCGGCCGAGCCCGAGUCCAACUUCUACAUUGCCCUCUUGUGCAACGGCAAGCUUGAAUUCUCCCUAGGAGAUCUCAAAAAUGAACUAGCCAAGCGUUGUUCAGGACAGGUACUUAUCGAACCGGCACUUUUGUCUACACGAGAACAUGUUUUCGGACACAAGAGUUAUGUCUCGAGGGCUAAGUUCUUGGGGUCCAAACAUGAGAUCGCCAUAGAUUGUAAUGGAGGUGUUCUCAAGGUGAAAGUCGAUGGCCAAACGAGCCUUGUCGUGAAAAGGUUGGCUUGGAAAUUUAGAGGGAACGAAAGGAUUUAUGUUAAAGGAAUCGAGGUGGAAUUCAUUUGGGAUGUUUUCAAUUGGGUUAAUGACCACGGUGAAAAUAAUAAUAAUAAUAAUACCAAUGGUCAUGGUAUGUUUAUUUUCCAAGUUGGUGAUGGUGGUGUGUGGCCUGAGAUGGUUGGACCGGAGAAAAGGAUGAUGAGGAAGAGUUUGUCGUCGGUGGCGGCCGGAGGAGGGUCGACGCCGAUGAGGUCGGGGAGUUUGUCGCCUUCGCUGUCGUGCUCGAGCGUGCUGCAAUGGGCGGAGGAGAGCAAUGAUCGUGGAAGAAGCUCUUGUUCUUCAUCUACUAGGUCUUGUGGGAGCAAUGGAGGAUUCUCUUUGUUGUUGUACGCUUGGAAGAAGGAUUGA